GAAAACUGCCCGCAGCUGGACAUAGUCCUGAUGGGCGCGCAUAUGAUAGGAUACGAGCCCAACCAGACUGAAUUGGCCUUUGUUCGCAAGGCCUAUGAGGAAUGUUCCGCCUUUCUCACCAUCUGCGGUGGCGUGAUGGUGCCUCUGCAAGCCGGAAUUCUCGAUGGUAAGACGGCAACAGCGCCGCGCUUGAUGCUUCCAAACCUCUACAAGCAGGUUCCCGGUACCAAAUGGGUGGAUCGUCGCUAUGCAAACGAUGGAAAGCUUUGGACCAGCGGUGCUCUCCUCAACGGCUUGGACUUGAUGUCCGCCUUUGCGAAGGCAACGUGGGGCGAUCGGGAGCUCAUUCAUUUCCAGGUCAAAGCUGGUGGUUGGCCCGACAGAGGGGAUCUGUACCUUGAGACAGAUAUCAAGGCAUAA